UAAUAGAAAACUGACUGCGACAGUGUACACAUCGCUAUACAUAUACACCUAGUAAGGUGUGACAAUGUUUAACACGUUCGAAGAACGGAUUGAAAAUUUCUUAGGGUUGAAUAACGGUGAGAUUAGUGUGUAGAUUAUAAACGAUUAAUCUAUUCGACCGCGGCUAUUAGAUUUAAAUAGCAUACUUUAUCGAACACUCAAACCGACCGGGUGUAUAUGUCUGGACUAGUCGCUCUUUGUCAGUCGUCAGCUGUGAACUAAACGUGAGAUCGGGCAGCUUUGUGUAAGAUCGAAUAUUGGUGUUCUUAUAACGGAAUAAAGAGACAAGUAAUUCUAACUGUAAAUAAAGGAAAUAGUUUGUGUAUUGAAAUUAUUGUCAAGAAAAAUAAGAAAUAUGUGUGUGGUUGACAAUCCUGAAUCAUUUAUUCGUUAAUUAAUUUAAUCAACUUAUAACUUAAAUAAGGCUAAUUAACGGGCCAGAUAUUUGGAAAGUCUAUAUAUAAAGCGUUUUGAAAUAAAAUUGAUUCAUGGUUAAAUUAAAACACUUGAGAAUAGAAGACCGGAGUUUGCGGCAUUGUUAAGCACACGGGGUUAUGUCGGUAGACGUGUUGCCAGCAAAGGUCAGUCAGAGUUCCGGGUUCCAGUACCCGGCUCACGUCAGCGCCAUGCGAGAGGCCAGGGUCCCUUCGGUGACCCCUAUGAAGCGGCGCGACUCAAAGGGGGUCAACAUUUCGAACUUUGACCCGAACUGCAUCAUCUACAAUUCUAACACAGACACUACAUAUCUUAGGGGAAAACUACUGGGAAAGGGAGGAUUUGCAAAAUGUUACGAAAUGCUUGACCUGAGUUCCAACAAAAUCUAUGCAGGAAAAAUCAUCCACAAACAUCGAAUAUCAAAACCACACCAGAGACAAAAGAUCAUGCGAGAGGUUGAGUUGCAGCGCUAUUUAAAGCACAGAAACGUCGUGGAGUUCCACAGCUUCUUUGAAGAUGACGAGAAUGUGUACAUAGUGCUGGAAAACUGCAGUAGAAAGUCACUUGUUUAUAUGCUGAAACAUCGAAAAACGCUCACAGAGCCUGAAGUUCGCCACUUCAUGGGUCAACUGGUUGAGGGCACCAAGUAUAUCCACAACAAUAACAUCAUCCAUCGGGAUCUCAAGCUGGGAAACAUGCUUCUCAACGACGAUAUGGACGUCAAAAUUGCAGACUUUGGUCUCGCAACACGCGUUGAAUAUCGGGGAGAAAAGAAAAUGACAGUGUGUGGUACACCCAACUACAUCGCCCCUGAGGUGCUACAGAAGAAAGGCCACAGCUAUGAAGCAGAUAUAUGGGCCCUCGGUUGUGUCAUGUAUGCCUUGCUAGUAGGUCACCCACCAUUUGAAACAGCCACCCUCAAAGAGACUUACAUCCGGAUUACUGAAAACCGGUUCUCCAUACCGGACUGGGUGUCACCUCAAGCCCGGAACUUAAUCACAAAGUGUUUAACUCACGAACCCGAGCUGAGACCAAGUCUCGACAAUAUUCUCAUAGACGAGUUCUUCUCUAGCGGUCCACAUCCAACGAGAUUAUCGACGUCUUGUUGUACAGAAGCACCCCGAUAUCAUCCGUCCGGCCAACAACGCUUUCCUAGGCCCAAGUCCUACGCUGGUAUAGAGCACAAGGCAGACCAAGGUGUGGAGAGGAUAACCUCUCCAAUCCGUGACCUUGAACUCAGCAGCCGUCCCGUGUCUUCUAAAGGCCGUCACACACCCGACUUCUUCAUUCCCGUGUCCCGCUUGAGUGGACGAAAUUCCGGCUCAGAGGCGACACGCUCCGACCGAUCUGACUCCCCACCUGCUAUGAGAGAACUGUCUCCGAAACCCCGUUCAGCAGCCAAUCUUCUAGAUGUCUUGGGAACUUGCCUUGAACACAUGCCUAAAGAUGUUGUCAAGAACCCAGAGCCUGUUGCUGACAUGACAAUACUCUGGGUGAGCAAGUGGGUCGACUAUUCCAACAAAUACGGCUUUGGUUUCCAGCUCUCCAACGAUUCCAUUGGCGUUCUUUUCAAUGACACUUCCAAGAUCAUUUUGUCACCAGAUGGAAAGUCUGUGCAGUAUUACGACAUGACGGGUCGCCUGAAUGCAUUUACUGCAGACCAACCUCCAGAGGACCUUGAUAAGAAGACAACUCUGCUCAUGUACUUUGCCAAAUACAUGGACGAACAUCUUAUACAGGGAGGUAACUUGGAGUGUUCAAAGGACUCAGAUGACAUCAGUGUUGGCUCCCUUUGCUUAAAGAAGUGGUUCAGGACUGCCAAAGCCAUAGUGCUGUACCUCAAUGAUGGAACUUUACAGGUGAAUUUUUUCGAUGACCACACAAAGAUCAUCCUGAGUUACAUGCGGAACGACUACUUUGUGACAUACAUAGACGAGGAACGUCGUGCCACCACCUAUAGCAUGGUUCACCUCAUCCAAGAUGGCUGCCAGCGGGACAUUCUCGACCGAAUGACCUUCGCGCGAGCCAUGCUGAAAAACCUUGUUGAUAUUGAGGGCAUCGAUAUUUGAGUGUGCUACUGACUUUUUGAAUAGAACACAAGUCCUGUCAAUUUUAGAGGGUUCAAUAUUAUUUGAGAUAGAUUUAUUAACUGUUUUGAAGCAAAAAUAUUGUCAAUAUUUGACAAAUAUUGACAAAUGUUGAUUAUUUAAGUAUUUGUGUGUAACAGACUGUUAUGGAGUCAAAAUCUUAUCUAUAUUAUUGACACUUGAGAUUUUGCGAUUUCAGAUGUUCAGCCAAAAUAAAGGCAUAAUAAUUUGAGAAACAAUUCGGAUGAAGUGUCCUCUAUCCAUGCGGAGGGCAUGUAUUGCUGGAAAGUGACCGCGUUUUGCAGUGAGGUCAGGUCACAGGCUCACAGCUUUGUGUGUAACCUAUAAUAUCUUAUACACACAAAGUUUACAAAGUCUUUCAUUACUAUGUAUAAAGCUAAAUCACCAGAAAAUGGUGCCUUGACUGACAAUUAAGUGCCGUGACAGUGUGUAUGUUAUUUAUUAAGUGAUAACAAUGCUCUUCAUGGCAAGGACAGUAUCCCAGUAAUGGAAUAUUGAGCUGGACAAAAUAAAUCAUUUCCAAAGGUUUGGAUGAAGAUCCCUCAUGAUGAAAUGUUGUACCGGUAAGGUUUUGAAAAAUUCAACAGAGCAGGGAAACAAGAAAGUUUCUCAUUCUCUUUGUUUAUAACCAAAGAUGUGAUAGAUACUUUUACUUAUGAAAAGGGAGAGAACUUACAAAUGUUGGAGUAACUUUGUUGGUAUGUUGCUCACAGAUUGCCUCCCUUUCUCCAUUUGCCCAUGCAGUGUGACGUGGGUAUAAAGGGUCGUCUCAAAUGGUCUUUCACACUUAAAAGCAAUAAUGUGAUUGAUGGCAAUAGUAUAAAGUCCCAUCAUGCAACACGAAGUGUUCUGUUUGACUAUGGAAUGAUGAAUUGUUGUAAAAUGCUCAGCAUGUUUUUAAUAUGUACAUGUAUAUAGGUAUUUUUCGAUACAUUAUUUUAGUGUAAUUUGCACAAGGUAUAUGCAAAUCUGCUAUAAACGUCUUGAAAAUGUUUCAAGAAUGAGAAUGUGAAUGAAAUUCAUGUUUAUGAUUUUGAUGCUAAUUUGUGGUAUGUUUUUAGUAGAUGAUAAAUGAUACUUUUACUUUGUCAUGUGUUAACAUUUAAUCAUUUGUGAUACACAGGCUUUGUCAAGCAGAAUAAAUGAUGUUACUGAUCAUAGUUAAAAAAAUGAAUUAAUGAUGAAUUAAUAAUGAAUUAUUUAUCUUUUUAUGGUCAAUAAAAAUGCUCAUAUGAUAUUUUCUUCAAAAAACAACAAAACACACAUGUUUGAAAAACAUAGUAUUAAUUUGAUGCAUCCAAAUCAGCAUUUUAUAAUGAAUAAAUAAUAAUUAAUAAAUUGAUUAAAAAGGAAGUAAGCCCUUUUGGUUCAUAGGAUGGCAAUUUUCACAUAAAAUAAAAUAUUACAAAAGUGAAUUGUAACUUAGUGAAGUUUUUUUUUAAAGAAAAUAGCAACACAUUCCCUUUUUAUUUCUUCAUUUACUGCUGAUAUAGUCCUGAAUGUCUUUGUAGUAAAUAUUGUAUUUAAUAUUUCAAACGUGGAAGGUUGGUUGCUAAGCAAUUAAAUGCCUUUCGAAAAAAAACCAAGAAAACCAAGUAUUAAUGAUGGUAUCUUUCUUUGUUCAGAGAGACAAGUUCAAGGGAAUACUUUAAUUACUUGAUAUCAUAAAUGAGUAUUGAUGAAAAGAACAAUACAGAAAAAUAAUGUCUUUUAUUUGCCUUAAAGCAGGUGGACCAAUGUUCUAUUAAAUGAAAAUAUAGUAAACAAAUAAAGCAUUUCAUGUUUCACAGCAACAUUUAUGUUUAGCAACAUAUUCUUGUAUGGUUAUAUGAUACUGCGGCUGACUGCAUGCCAGGGUUACAGUGAGUAUUUUCUACUGAUCUCAUAGCAUCCAAAUAAUGUACGGCAGAGCAAUGUUUGAUCUGCAAAUAAUGUACGGCAGAGCAAUGUUUGAUCUGCAUAUAAUUAGUCACCACAUUUUUGCUUUUCUGUAUCUUUGCAUUUAUGUUAUGUCGACAUUGCUUUGUGAACAUUUCAAUAAUUAUUUCCAGAUUUGUAGUAUUUAUUUAUUUAUAAGUAAUGAUAGAUAAAUAUAAAUAAAUUAAUUAAUACAAUUAUAACUAUUACUAAUGUCAGUGAAUGAACACUGAAGCUGUACAGAAAAUACAACUUUUCAUCACAAUUCAAGGUACAUAUGUAUUUUGUUGUCACAUCUCUUAUUUUUAUCAACCUUGUAUGUGUUUAAUCGUGUUUUAAAUAUAUUUUGGAACGUUUCACUAUUUUGUUUGUGUCCAUGCUGUGGGUACUGGAAAUUCUGUUAAAGGAUACAUUUUAGUAUUGAGAUGUAUAUAGGAGCGAAAAAACUUUGCUAAUAUUCAAAAGAAAUCCAAAUUGAAUUAUCUAUUCUUUGUUUGUAGUCUUGCUACUGUUUUAUAUGUAUUGAUAAUUAUAUUAUUAUUAAUAUUGGUAUUUUGUUAUUGCAACAAAAGUUUCAGUGGUGUCGAAGAAAAAAUUGUUAAUUUGGUAUUUGUUUUUUAGAUGAAUAUUUUAAGCUGACAUGUCACUGAGCUAUAAAUUAAUGAUAAAAGUGCAACGUAUUAUUGACUUUCAUGAUUAUCUAAUAGCGGUCUGUGAGUUAAUCCUUUGCAUGCUGGGAAUUUCGUCGUCUGCUAAAAUGUCGUUUGCUGCAUUUCUAAAAUUAGCAUUUUCUUCGAUUUUUUUUCAAAGAAUACUAUCAGAAUAGCAACCAGUUUGGAUCCUGAUGAGAAGCCACGUUCUGUGGCGUCUUAUCUGGAUCCAAACUGUUUGCAAAGGCCUUCAAAAUUCGGUUCCAGCACUGAAAGAGUUUAAUAUAACUUGUUAUUGAUGCAAAUUUGGUUUGAAGUCACUUGUCAAUAUCACUUUGGUAAAUAAUCCUUUUUUUUCAACUUUAUUGGUAUACAAAAAGCUGUUUAAAGUACUAAUUGUUUAGACAGACGGACAAUGGCAGGACAAAAUGGUCAAAUUAUUGCAUACAAAAUCAUUUUUUCUACCUCAAUGUGGUGGACCAUGGUUUGAAUUUUAUUUUUUAACGAUAAUCAGUUAAAUUUGAGGGACCAAUCCAGUGUAUGUGACAUUUGCAUACUAUUUGAAAAUUACAUGUUUAUUUGGCUUGUGGUUAGUUUUGCAUUAAAUUUGUCAUCAAACCAUAGCAGCAAAUUAGGUGAAACACAUGUGAAUGUGUUUAACUGAGACAUGUAUUUUGAAAUAUAUGCACAAUGAUUAUUAUAGAACAUAGCAAAAACUAAAUUGUAUAUUAUGCACAAUAUUUAAGAGUUUAGCAAUAGAGCAGUGUCUAAUAUGGAACCUAUGCAAUCUCUAUUUGACCUCAUAUAACACCCACCACACCAUCCUUUAGUUACGGUUGUGGUAGUUUAACUCAAGUGCUUGUCAAGCAAUAAGGUGCCUGUUUUUUUAAGUCUUGGGAAAGCAUUAUAAAUGCUACAUAUGCACAAAUGAAGUCCUUGCUUGAUCAAGUUUGUUUUGCGCUGGUCACGCCAUGGCAGCAUUCACACGGAAUUUAAAUGCAUCCCUUACUAUGGUAACUUUGGGAUUUAAAAAAAAAUGGUAGAGAAAGAUAAUGUACACUAUUGACAACCUUGGCGCAGAUAUUUGACUGGAACCAGCAUAGCUGGAUCAAAUCCCUGCCUUUAUUAUCCCUGCCUUUAUUAUCAACCACAUGAUGAUAGCCACGCCGAAUGGUGCAAUAAUUUUUCUUUUAUGCUCCCCGAAAAUAUUUUUGGUGGAGCAUAUAGUUGCCAGUUUGUAGUUCCGUUAUUCCUUACUUCCUUCCUUCCUUCCUUCCGUCACACUUUUGCUACCGUUUCUCAUAGCGCCUUCAAUACUUUACAAAUAGCUUUCAUAUUUGGCAUGCAAGUACCUUGCAUGGACCUCUACCUUUUGAUGAGGUUUGAGGUCACUGGGGUGAAGGUCACCGAGGCUAAUAAUAGACUUCCUUCUGUCACACUUUUGCUGCCAUUUCUCAUAGCGCCUUCAAUACUUAACCAAUUGCAUUCAUAUUUAGCAUGUAGGUACUUUGCAUGGACCUCUACCUUUUGAUGAGGUUUGAGGUCACUGAGGUCAAGGUCACCGAGGCUAAUAAUAGACUUCCUUCUGUCACACUUUAGCUACCAUUUCUCAUAGUGCCUUCAAUACUUAACCAAUCGAUUUCAUAUUUGGCAUGUAGGUACCUUGCAUGGACCUCUACAUUUUGAUGAGGUUUGAGGUCACUGGGGUCAAGGUCACCGUGGCUAAUAAUAGACUUCCUUCUGUCACACUUUUGCUACUGUUUCUCAUAGCGCCUUCAAUACUUUACCAAUCGCUUUCAUAUUUGGCAUAUAGGUACCUUGCAUGGACCUCUACCUUUUGAUGAGGUUUGAGGUCACUGGGUCAAGGUCACCGAGGCUAAUAAUAGAUUUUUUAGGUGUUUAUUAACACAUACAUUGACAAAGCACAUCAUCGGGGAGCUUAUUAACACAUCCAUUGACAAAGCACAUCAUCGGGGAGCAUUCAUCAGUUUCACUGAUAUUCUUGUUUUAGUAUGAACCUAAAUAAAUACACUAUUUUCAAAAUGUAAAAGAAAAAUGAUACCACUUUUUGUAAUUUUAUACUAAAACAAAAAAAAAAAUCCUACCAAAGCUGGUAGGAUUUUCCUGUGAUGGCAGAGGUUGUAUGUGACAGCAAGGAACUUCAAUUCUGUGUGUAGAUUGCACUAUAGUGAAUGUUUCAUCGCAUGUAAAUAUUUCAUGUUACUUUUUUUGCAUUAUUUUGAGAAGCAACAACUUCAAGCACUUGUGAUAGAAUAGCAAGUUUGGCUUAUAAUAUUUUCUUAUUUGUGGGUGAACUAGCUUGUUACAAGAUAUGAUUUUGGGUUAUGCAUGCACUUGUGUAUACGGUUCAUUGUGAUUUUUGAGUAUUUGAGUAUUUGUUGCCGAGUUAAAAUGUUAUUUUGAAACUGUUAGCGAACUAUAUUAUGUACUGAAACAAGAUGUUUCAAAUAAAUUCACAUAAAGAUAAAUAAAUACAAGUU